CUCUGUACAGUCACUUGAAAAUUAUUGUUAAAUGUACUCUUUCUUCUCUCUACCGUAUUUUUGAUCGCGCCGUAUUUUAUUUUACAUAGAAUCAAUUCAAAAAUAACUUCAUUACUUUUCAACAUGACUAAUAACGAUCAAAAUAACGUAAGAUAUUUCGUUUGCUUCACAGUUUCCAGUUUCUAGAUUUUGUUUAAAUACAUUUUUUUUAUUAAUAAUAUGAUUGUUAACAGGUCCGGCUACCUUUUAGGAUCGAAGAUAAUGUACUUAAAGGAAGAGUGGAGCCAUUUCAGUCUCGGUACACGCAUCUUGGACAGCUGCUGUUCAACUCAAUGAAAAAAAAUGCGAAUCUAGUAGGACAAGUAGGUUGACAAUUUUUACAAUAAAAUUAUGAUCAAUAUGUUUAAUAUACACGCAAAAUCGAAUCCUUCAGGUUGACGCGAUCACAGGUAUCGAAGACACUUUUGGAUGUAUCCUAGAUAUGUCGAUAAAAUGUGCGCUUUGGAUGCAAAAACAAGGAGUUAAAAGUAACGAUAUCAUUGUUAUUUCAUCGCAAAGUGAUCGUGAAAUUUUCGUACCAGCCAUCGCUGCACUCUUCAUUGGUGCCAUUUUCAGUCCAUGGGACGAUGAAAAGGAUACGGGUAAGUUUUUUCGAACCAUGACUUAUGAAAUUUUCAAUCGUUUUUGUGCCACAAAACUGUAUCAUCGUGUUACAGAUAUGUCUCGUCAUUACAUCAAAUUACUGCAACCAAAAGUCGUGUUUGCGAAUAAGAAAUCAUCUCCCGUCGUGCUGGAAGCAGCUGAACUCGAGGAUCAUCAAAUAAAGGUCGUGGCGUUUGAAAAUUGUCCUGGCACGAUACCGUUCGCUGACAUCCUAAAGGGUCACAGCAAAGGUUCGGUGGCUAAUUUUCAAUGCACUGAAAUUAACGAAAAUGAUCACACUGCAAUGAUCAUGUUCUCCUCUGGAACAACGGGUCUUCCAAAGGGUAUAACAACUACUCAUCGAUCGUUACUGGCGGUCGUGGAAUCAUGGUUAGGUCCUCCUGUCCACACAUGUAUGUGGUACAGUUGCCUGUUCUGGUUGAGUGGCCCGUUAUUUAAUAUGAGAAAUAUCAUUUUCCAUACUAAGAAAAUUAUCCCGCCACCCUUUGAAGAGGAAUCAGCCUGCAGGAUUAUAGAGAAAUAUAAGGUACUUGCGUCUCUUUUCACAUUCGCGUAUAAUCGUUUUCUAAACCGUCGAUAAUUAUUCGAUAGGUGGAAUGGUUAUUAAUGAAUACCACUAACAU